AUGAUGUGCGGUGGAGAUCGAGAGAAGGGAGAGGUGGCUUUGGAGGAGCAAUGGGACUAUGUGAACCUGAACGACUUCAAAUCCGAGUCUUGCUGGCCACCUUUCUCAUACUUCUUUGUAUGGGUAUUUCUUUUGAUUUCUAUCGCUGUUUACGGCGUUGAUACAUUUACUGCAGUCAAUUUGCUGGUUUUUUCCCGCUGGUCUGGCAAAGUUCAACCAGCCAUUCCUUUCAAUAUCUCCCGAUGGAUCUUCGCCGCCUGUAUCAUUGCAUCAUUCAUUAUUCUGGCAUACCGAUGGUUCAAUGCCAUCAGUGCGAUGCGCUCCGGUAGUAUCACUCGCAGCUUCUUGGACCCUCUCGCCGUGCGCGUUCAGAGUGUCCGCCCCGGCAAGCAGGGUCGUGGUUAUAGAAGAUUCCUAGUCUUUGCUGAAUUGACAAAAGACCGCAAAGCUGCUGAAUAUAUUGGUCUCUUCGCAUACUUCUCUUUCCGAUCUUGCUUGAUCACAAUCUUUGCGGACGGACCACGUCAAGUUAUCAAUGCGAUAACUCUAUAUUCAGUCAUGCAGAUGGAUCUCAUCCCCGGCGGAAAGAAUGCUCAUGACGAUGGCAGCUCGUCAAUUAGUCAAUUUUUCAACAAUGUCAAGAUACUAGCUGAGGAGAACAACAACCAAGCUUUCGUCUUGUUUGGUAUGCUGUUCACUCUGAUAAUCUGGGCAUUUUCGGUUCUCAGGCUGAUCUCGGCGGUCGUACUUUACGUGAUCUUUCUAAAUCACCAUAUUCCAACUUCGGAUAAAAAUCUUUCGGGGUACUGUCGCCGCAAGGUUACCUCACGUCUGAAGCGCAUCGUGCAUCGCAAAAACACCAAGGCAUUGGCGAAGGGACUCAAGUUACGAGACCGCCUACCAACUCAACCAAGUUUGCCGACGUUCGAUUCAACGCCAACCCUGCCUUCUACCACCGGGGACAAGGGCCUAUCGCGCAGCACUACUCAAACCACGUUGCCGCCUUACUCGCGGUCGAACUCGUCCACCGCCCCGUUUCAAAAUCCUACACUACCAAACUUGGACUUCGAUCCCAAAUCCCCGCCGGCGCGGACGGCCACGUCAUCUUCAGUAAUGUCUGAGUCUGCUUCCCUGACGGGAAAUGCGGCUGGAAUGGGAUACAGUGACCUCGAUAGUCAGCAACCGACGCUUCCGCCAGUCCCUCCUCUACCUGAUAAUGUUCCGUCAAGGAUGGUUACCCCUCACUCGCGAGCAACUCCUGCGUCAUAUGGGAAUGAGAUUGGCCACAUUGGUCAAAACACUGGAUAUCGCAACCUGACCGAUGACAGCUCGGAAUCUCGGCCGUAUCGAACUUAUACACCGGCGCCUGAAUAUAGCUCGGCCGAUCCUGCUGGCUCCGAGGAUAACGCUUAUCUCAACCGUGGUCACACCUCGCCCCAGUACGACCCAUAUGGACCGAGAGGCGCGCCUCCCUUCAACCAACAACAUGAUCACUAUCACCAAGAUCCUUACUCUACGCGAUCCUACACCCCAGCUAGUACAGGAGGAACGCCUGUUCCUUCUCGCUCAUACACACCGGCAAGCUACAUGCCCACACGUACGCCAGCUGCAUCGGUGCAACCUGCACCAAGGACGUUCACACCCAUGAGCUCGACAAUACCCGCACCUCAAUACAGUGAAUAUGCAGCUUUUAACCCACCGAUGCCAUCGCAAACACCCCACCCUCGCUCGCAGAUAUACCCAGAUCCUUCCAACUACAACCGAGCGCAAACCGCAUCACCAUCUGCUAUGCGCCGAUCACCACCGGACUAUUCGGUUAAUCGCUCGAAUACUCACCAUAACUGA